AUGUUCCGCAUCAGGGUAUUCCUACAAAAAAUCCUGAUUCUUCUGCACGUUACUGCGUGUGUUGUUGUUGGCAAAACCCUGAUGAUACUGUUCCCCAACACUAUGAAAAGAUACAUCCUAAAACAGGGCGAAAAGAGCAGAAUGAAUGAGAAUCCAAAGUUCAGCUAUGAAAACUGGGGUCCGACUUUUUUCAGCUUCAAGUAUUUGCUCUUUGUGCUGAAGGUGAAGUGGAAGAGGCUGGAGGAUGAAGCCUAUGAGGGACAUCCUGCUCCCAACACGCCGGUGGUGACUUUCAACGGGGAAGUUUGUCACCUCUUUGAUUUCAUGCAAGAUAACCGACCUUUAAUCCUGAAUUUUGGAAGUUGCACCUGACCUUCAUUUAUGUUAAAAUUUGAUGAGUUCAACAAGAUCAUCAAAGAUUUCAGCUCAAUAGCAGAUUUCCUUAUCAUCUACAUCGAAGAAGCUCACGCAAUAGAUGGAUGGGCUUUUAAAAACAAUAUUGUUAUUAAAAAUCACAGAAGCCUUGAAGAUCGAAAAAUUGCAGCACAAUUUCUUCAGAAAAAUAAUCCUUUAUGUCCGGUGGUUUUAGACACUAUGGAAAACCCGAGCAGUUCAAAAUAUGCUGCAUUGCCUGAACGACUGUAUCUACUUCAAGGAGGGAAGGUCAUCUACAAGGGAGGAGUGGGGCCUUGGAAUUAUCACCCUCAGGAAAUACGCGCCAUCCUAGAAAAACUGAAACAGAAAAAGAAGAGGACUUCAGAGUAA